AUGGAGAAUGGAAUAGUCAACAAACGUGUCGGAGAUCAACAGACUGAUAAUGAUGAUCGCAAAUCGCUUUUAUCGACGCAAAAGGACGAGGUCGAAGGAGGAACAAGCUCGAUGACCUCUGCAUCUUUUAAUUUCAUCAAUUCAAUUAUCGGAUCUGGAAUAAUAGGAUUACCAUAUUCUCUGAACCAAGCUGGCCUACCACUAGGAUUGCUGCUGCUUGUGGGUGUCGCUUUCAUCACAGAUUACUCGAUCAUACUGCUGAUUAAAGGUGGCAAUAUCUCAGGGACAAGCAGUUACCAGUCUUUAGUGCACAGCACAUUUGGAUUCUCUGGAUAUCUGGUGCUGUCUGUACUGCAGUUUCUAUAUCCCUUCAUAGCAAUGAUCAGUUAUAACAUAAUUGCAGGAGACACUUUGACAAAGGUGUUUCUGAGGAUACCUGGAGUUGGCCCAGAAAGCAUGCUUGCAGAACGCCAUUUUGUCAUCCUGGCAUCCACCAUUCUCACCACUCUUCCACUGUCUCUUUAUCGUGACAUAGCCAAGUUGGGAAAGGUAUCCUUACUUUCCAUGGUGUUGACUCUUGCUAUCCUCAUCAUGGUCAUCAUCAGGGCAGCUACUCUUGGACCACAGAUCCCCCCUGCAGAGGAUGCAUGGUCAUUUGCGAGGUGGAAUGCCAUCCAGGCAGUUGGUGUCAUGUCCUUUGCCUUCAUCUGCCAUCACAACAGCUUCCUGAUUUAUGGCUCCCUACGAGAGCCCACUCUGAGCAACUGGUCACGUGUUACACACCUGUCAGUGGGCUCUGCGUUCCUGGUCAGUGCAGCGUUUGCGGUGGCAGGCUAUGCCACCUUCACAGGAUACACACAAGGGGACAUAUUUGAGAACUACUGCAGAAAUGAUAACCUCGCCACAUUUGGCCGCUUCUGCUAUGGCGUCAGCAUUGUAACCACUUUCCCUCUUGAGUGCUUUGUUACACGAGAGGUGGUGUCAAAUGUUUUCUUCAAAGGAGUUCUCUCCAACACUGCCCAUGUUGUUGUUACCUUCGUUAUAGUAUCUGCAUGUACUGCCAUGUCUCUGGGUUUUGACUGCCUUGGUGUUGUUCUGGAAUUAAAUGGUGUAUUAAGUGCUACCCCACUCAUAUUCAUCAUUCCAUCAGCGUGUUUCUUGAAGCUGUCAUCAGGUCGCUGGUUUCAGGGGGAGAACAUCAUCCCUAGCAUCAUCUUGAUGGCUGGGGUCUUUGUUAUGACCACUGGCCUAGUCAUGACAAUCCUUUACCCUCAGGACUGCUCUCACGGGGCAGAGAUGUUUUAUUGCACGACUUCCAACAUGUCUGUGAUUACAACCACCGCACCUUCAACAAUGCCAGUGCAGAAUUCCACUCAGGGCAUCUUUGACAUGGAUUAA